AUGGGGGAAGGCCCCUACCGUGAUCUCAAAUCCAUAUCAGGCAAGUGGCGGAAAAUGAACAAGUGCGUGAAUGAUUUUAUCGGGAUUUAUAACCCACUUUACAUCAAUCGUCCUAGUGGGAGUAGCGACGAGGACGUUCUUAACCUUGCGAUGGCUAGAUGGGAAACAAAAAAUCCGUCUUUCCCGCACCUCCGAGCAUGGAAAGUUUUAAAGAAAGAACCUAAAUGGGCGCCGAUUCCAAAUGAGGUCACAACCGCCAAACGGACUAAAACUUCCGAGUCCGGAAGUUAUAGUGCGGGAGGCUCCGUCGCUCGUUGUCAAAUCGACAUAAACGACGAACCGGAAUAUGAAGAGGAGCCCGUUCACGAGAUCGAACGUCCCGGCGGAAGGGACAAAGCAAAAAAAGAGGCGGCCGCAAAGCGCAAAGGGGCCGACUCGAGUGGAGGGGCAGCUCAGGUGGAGGUGGCGGCUCGAAGGCGUCUUCGAAAAUGGACGAGUUAA